AUGAUUGGUUUUUGCUGUAGAAGAUUUCAAUUACUAUUUCCCAGUCGUAGCAAUGCUGUUAAUUCACUUACCCGUGCUCAUUGUACAAGAUUGUAUUCAUCAAAAUCAUUGUUAAGAAAUACCCAAGAUGAAAAAGAUUGCUCUUUUACAGUUUCAUACCUUGUAAACUCAUGUGGGUUAUCCCCAGAACUUGCUCUCUCUUUGUUCAAGAGGCAUAGGGUUCAGUUUAAAUCCCCAGAAAAGCCAGACUCGGUUGUUAAGCUUUUCAAAGACUAUGGAUUUGGGGAUACCCACAUCUCCGAAAUUGUCAAGAGACUUCCAGAGCUGCUCAUAGUCAAUGCUGAGAAGACCCUUUUGCCGAAACUCGAGUUCUUUGACUCCGUUGGGAUUAAAGGCACUGCCCUGGCUCAGGUCCUUUCUGGCAACCCAAUUGUGUUGAAAUUGAGCUUAGAGAAUAAUAUCAGACCUUGCUAUGAUAUCAUCAAGACUCUAGGUAUCCCUGAUGGAAAGGUCCCUCGUUUCAUUAUGAAAUCCCAUAGGAUGUUUAAGGUCAAUGUACUGAGCAAUGCUGCUCGGAAUGUUUCAUUUCUGAGGUCCAUAAAAGUGCUGGAAUCCACACUUAAUCUGUGUAGGCCCGAGACUCUUUUUACAAUGACGACCGAUGCUGAUGAGUUUAAUGAAAAUGUCAACAAGGUCAUCAGCAUGGGAUUUCCUCCUUCAAGCUGUACAUUUGUGAAAGCACUGUACGUAGUUUCUGUUAUGGAUGAGUCAAAGUUGGCACAGAGGAUGAAGUUUUAUAGGAAGUGGGGUUGGACUGAAAAGGAUGUGUUGUUGGCAUUUAGAAAGAAUCCUCCAUUUAUGUGCUACAGUGAGCUGCUUAUAUCUAAGAAAUUGGAUUUUUAUAUGAAUACAAUGGGUUGCCUGCCCUCAGAUGUAGCUGGAUAUCCAGAUGUUCUGACUUAUAGUUUGGAGAAGCGAAUCAUACCUCGGUGUUCAGUUAUCAGAGUUCUCCAGUUACAGGGCUUAAUUGCAAAGGAAGAUGUAUCUAUAAAUACCAUUCUGAAGAGAAGGGAGAAGUGGUUCUUGGAAAGUUUUGUGAUCAAAUAUCAAGAGCAAGUACCUGAAUUAUUGAGCAUAUUUCAAGGGAAAAUGAGUCUUGCGGAACUGGGCUUAGGAUUUGUGAAAAGAUAUGAAGUGAAACAACAGUGUGAUGAUUAG